AUGGGUGAAGCUCUCCUUGAAUGGGACUUUGGUGAUCUAGGCUUUAACUUGGACGAGUCCACCAACAUGCUGCUGGAACCCCUGAGGUCUGACCUUUUCGCCUACAACAACCACAAUGAAAGCAUAUUCGACGAUUACCGUUACUUCCCUGGUUUGAAGAAGGACCAUGAGUCCGUGGUGAAGUUUGACGCCAAUAACGACGACUUCAUUAACCACGCCACUUUGAAAGCAUUGAUCGUUCAGCUUACUUCUCCUGAAGUUAUUGAUUACAACCUCAUUUGUGAUUUCUUCUUGACGUAUAGGACGUUUUCAGAUAGCAAUACCGUGCUUAAUCUUUUGCUUACCAGACUUAUAUGGGCUCUUCAAUACAUCAACUCCAAGACGGAGGAUACACAACACAUUGGCCAACUUGUGUUGCUACGGACAUUUGUGGUGUUGAGACAUUGGGUGUUGAACUACUUUGUUGACGAUUUUGAUUCGGACCUGAAGCUCGGCGAUACGUUUGUCUUUUUCAUGAACCAAAUAACAAACGAGUCGUCGUUUGUUCGUGACAAUAUGGUCUUUGAACGCAAAAUUAUCACCGACUUGAAGACCCAUUGGCUCUCCCAGGUGUCUGAAUUCUACAACGCAGGAGUUUCUGACCAAAAUAUCUUUUCCGUAUCGCUCCCCAUGUUAUCAGAUUUGGCUAACUUCAGGAAGUUGCCCAAGCUGAGUACGCAAACGUCUAUCCGUACCAACCCUUCGUUUAGACGUUCAGCCAUGCUUUCACUUUAUGACCAACGUGCCCAUUAUAAAUGUCUAAUCCAUGACGACUCCACAACUAAUGACGAGAAUCCUCAACUUUCCAUUAAUAACCUUUUGUCCCAGCAUAAAUCGUCGAGAUCAUCGUUGAACGAUAAGCUCUCCGAAUUCCAAGGCAGGAACUGCCGUAAAGCUGUUCGUAAGCCUUUGGCCCCUCUCCAGCAUCAGAAUAAUCCUAAGCAUAAUUAUAAGAGUUUAAAGGACUCCUCCUUGGCAUUGAAGAAAACUUCCAAUCCUUCAAAUGACUCAGAAACGCAUCAGACUCCCUUCACAUCUUCCGGCUUUUCUACGAAUGGCCACGUGAAGCUCCCUUCUUCUAGAGUUGCCAAUAUUCUUCCUUCCACUCCUGUGAAGAAAAUGGAUGUGACAUUGAAGGAUACAAUGACUCGAUCAGACUCUCGGAGGAAACCUAAUGCUUUUCUGGAUGCUUCUUCAAACUCGGAAAUGGAUAGAAAAACGUCAAUCAAAAAGAUUGUGGAUGGAUGGAAGAAGUCCUUUAAUGAUGGAAAGAACGAAUCACCUUUCUUGAGCCCUAAACUAUCGAGCACUUCAACAUUCAAGAGCAGUGUCCAAACAGCACCCGAGCCUUUGCAGGUUGGAAACCGUGUGGAUAUUCUCAGUGCAAGAAUUGUCGACGAACUUGAGUAUCUUAUACACUAUUAUAUUGGAGAGCAGCGUGAUGCUAUAACCGAGACGGAGGAUAAAGAUGAUAUUAGUCGAUCAGAGAUAAAGUUCGAAAGCCCCGAUAAGGAGUCGUUCGUUGACGUCAAUGUCAACCUAGAAGACGAUAAGAGUAAUAGGUCGCCUACCAAACCCGACGUCCAGGAUGAGGCAACGAACGAUGGUAUGUCAAUGCAAGACUUGCCUGACUUGAGUAUCGACAGGAUCGAUAACUUCUUCAAAAGCAGCAUAAGUCAUGGCGAUAAGUUGUCAGAGCAGAAUAAUGAAAGGUCGAGAACCCAUUCAUUCUACGCAAUGGCCAAUCAGAACGUGUCUGGAAGCUCAUCUUUUGGUAGGGUUGCAAGCCUCAAUUGGAAUGAUGAAGGAAACCUUAACUUGGAGCAUUCGGAACAACUUGACGAGUCCCUUACAAACGAUGAGGUAUUCAAAGAGGAUGCACUUAGAGCAGAGCGUAUGAUAAAGUCGGGUACUCAAUAUUUCGACGUUGGAAGCGAUGUGGAGAGCAAUUCUAAGUCACACUCUUCCAUUUCUACUCCAAGUGAUAUCGCAAACUAUAAAGAAGAGGUAGUUGACUUGAAUGUUGCUAUGAGUCCUCAAUCCAUGAAGAGACAAGUUACCAUGCAACGCGUUAAUAGAUGUGAUUCCCUGAGUGUUUCAAUCAACAAGCGUUUAUCAAUGAUCCUGAGGAACUCUAGUGGUUCAAUGUUGAAGAGAGAUUCAAUAAAGUCUUAUCUAAGCUACGACUCAGCCUUUUCCAUUGCGGCUACUGAAGCAAAGCCUUCACUUGGAGGUAACUUGAAGAAGAAACAUGCGAUCCAGGACUUGAGGAAGUUUGCUCAUCAGGAUAAUAUCGAUCAUCAAGAUGAGGAUGCCAUGGAAUUUGGUGAGCAGCAUCUUUCUGCCGCCCUGCCUUGGAACACACGUACGACAAGAUCUAGUCGCUUCUCAUCGGGUUCGUCUAUUAGAAAGAGCGUCAGAUUCAGCACUCUCUGUGCCUUGACUGAAUUGCCAUUUAACCACUAUCGUGACAGCUAUAAUUCCGCCUUCCCAUUUGACAGAAACAGCCAUUCAGGUAAGCUGUCGGGUCUUGAUGACAGUUCUGUGUUCUCUCUGACCGGUAAGGAUAGACCUGACCGCACCUCGAAGGUCGAACACAAGAGUAUGAGUGAUCGUUCUUCUUCAAACUCGGUGGCUAUUCCUGGUAUCAGCAGUUAUGUGUUGAAGGAACUUGCUGCCAUUCCCGAUGAGUCUUUCAGUUCUACCACCAAUCCAAUACAGCGGGCGCUUUCCAAGUUGGAGGGUAAAGUCAAGCUAGUCAAAUCCAAGUCAGGUUACACUAUCCAAAGCAGGGAUGCCACUAAGCAUUUCAGUAUGGAAAGUAACAGACCGGCAGAUGAAGGAACCCGGAUUGAAGUGUACGAUGAUGAAGAGGAAACCUCCAAUCGAGAGGCGGAUGAAACGCCCGGCGAUGUAAGCGACUACAACAAUAACACGGAGGAUAUCUUGGCUGAAAUCAAUAAUGCCGUUACCGAAGAUGCCAUUGACUACUCUUCGGAUGUUGAGAAGGAAUUCAAGGACAGACCACUUACGCCUAUCAAGACGAGGGUUAGAUCUGCGCUCAACAUGCCAUCGACGACGCCUAAUAUGAAUGCAUUCUUGAUGAGUGCACCAAACAGCGAGAAUACCAGUCCAUUCUCUGUGUUGACGCCGAAGGCGGUGUUGGAUCGUUACUGCUUGGGAUCAGAGCAUUUAACUAUCAGCAAGGUUAUGGAACAGUCGUCGCAUGUGUCGUUUGUCUUGAGUUACGACUCAAAGUCUUUGGCUGAGCAUUUCACAAUGAUUGAGAAGGAUAUGCUUCAGGAUAUCGACUGGAAGGAACUAAUUGAGUUGAAUUGGAACAAGGAGCUCACGCCUGUGAACAGUUGGUUAGAGAUUAUUGUCAAUGACAAUUACUACACGCAGAAUAAGGGAGUUAACUUGGUGAUUGCCAGGUUCAACUUGAUGGUGAACUGGAUCAUCUCAGAGAUCUUGCUUACGACGGCCGAGAGUGAGCGGAUUGCAAUCAUGUCUAGAUUCAUCCAUGUGGCUCAUCACUCGCAAAUCCUCCAGAAUUUCUCCACCUUAAUGCAAAUUAUCUUGGCUUUGACAAGUGAGAAGAUAAGCAAGUUGAAGGAGACAUGGAAGAAACUUCCGCCAGGGGAUCUCUUGACAUUGAAGAACCUCGAAGAAUUGACUUCGCCAUUCAAAAAUUUCAUCAAUAUCAGGCUCUGUACCAACCAGGUGAGACCAUCGCUUGGAUGCAUUCCCUUUGUUGGACUCUACCUUUCGGACUUGGUGUUUAAUGCCGAGAGACCUAAGUUUGUAAAACGCCAGCAAAAGAAGCCACUUGAAAAAGGAGGAGCAGCAGCAGCAGCAAGCGCUUCGGACAAGAGUGUCACAAUUGGAGAUUCUACAACAGGGCUGGAUGCUGAUCCGGAAUCAGAAAGGCUUAUCAACUUUUCACGCUUCAGAACAUCAGUGCAUAUAGUGAAGUCACUUUCACAGAGCAUCGAGUGGUCUAUGAACUACGAUUUCCCAGUGGACGAAGAGUUGCUUCGUAAGUGCCUUUACAUCAAGUCACUUGACGAAGAGGAGAUGAACUUUUGCGUAAAGACGCAGAACGGGAUGACCUCAUCAUGA